GGUCUCCCUCUCAUCCCACGGAGAGAGGACCAUAAAGCUCCACUGCGAGAUCUCAACGCAAAUUCCCCUCAACUUUGUUCUCUGAAAUUUCGCGUCCUUUUUCUUUUGUAUUUGGAUCUCCAUUCUCGCCCCAAACCAGCAAUUUUAAGACACAAAUGUUCGCUGCAAAUCCUGCCCAUUAAUUCGUUCUGCUGAUUUUGCCCAAUCGAAAUCUAUACCCAUUUAGUUUUGUAUUGGAAGAUUUAUAGAUAAAGAGGAAAACGGUAGAGAUUUUAAUUAUAGUAGGUGAUGGUAAUGGGUUCUGGCAAAGGAGCAACCUCUUCUUCUCAAAAUAUGGAUACAUCAAUCGCCGGCAAGUCGCUCACUUUUCAAAUUUUCCUUUUCUAUACGCACGCAUAUAUAUUAUCUUCGUUGUUAAUUUUGUGCUUGUGGGUUAUGGCUCAAAGUCUUUUUUCUUUUGGAGGCAAUCGGGACGAGUCGUGAUGCCAAUUCCCAAUUUUUUUGAACUUAUAAUUUGGCUCCAUUUUUUUUCGGAAUUAAUGUGUGAGAACUGGAAUCUGGGUGUUUUUGCACUCACGUAACUAGAUCUGUGUUUAAUUUAAAAAAAAAUCCGUUAUUUUCCGUAGAUUGUUCUUAAUGUUUGUGAUUUUUUUCUAUAUGGGUUGAUUUAAAAAGUCCUCUUUUAGUUGUCAGUUGACUUGUUCUGUAAAUUUUUCCUAUUAAGCUUGAGUUAGCUUGUUAAAGCACUGAAAUUUUAGUGGUAGUAAACAUUAAAUUUUAAAAAACAAAAAUGUUAGAACAGAAGUGGGAAAUAACCUGCUAAUCUUUAUUUAUCCUUUAGGCUUUAGGGUAUAUAAAUCAACCAAAACAUGCUAUGUGCAAUGUUGGUGUUAUUAUUGUGAUACAAAUGGUUUUAUGUGGUUGAUAGAGGUUGUUUUCUGAUUAAAGUUAUGGGAGUUUCUAUGGUAACUUCUUUUUAACAAAGUAAAUUUUACUUUGUCAGUAACUACCAUUAGAUGAAUUGUUAAAAUCUAAUUAAUGGUGAAAUAGACAAAGCGCAAACAAAGGGAGUUAAAAUCAAACUAAUCAUAGAAAACACCUAAAGUUAAUAUCUUGAGGUGGCAUUAGAUGUUUUAGUUGUUAAUGGAUUGCCAAUUGCCACUUGCCGUUGGUGUGUGUUUGCGCGCGGGGUUAGACAAGAUAAUCUAGGCCAUGUAGCAAUGCAGUAGAAUUGGGAUUUCUAGUGGGCAUGUAGCAGCUCUGUGGGCAACAAAAGUAGAAAUAAUUCAGUGGGUGGAGCAUGCUCUCAUUUUAUAUCCUUUCAUAUGAUAUUUCCUUUGAGAAGCAGAGAUAGAUGUGAAUGGGUGAUUUUUCUGCUAGGGUUAUUUUAAUUUCCUAACACUGUCAUUGUGCUUUAUAAUGCACUCUUUUUGGAUAAAGUGGUGCUGGUGGUGUUGUCUCCCAUUAAUGGGAAAACUAUAUGAUUUUUUAUUUAAUUCAAGACAGUGAAAAAGAAGCAACACCUCAAAGUGACCAGAUUUGAAGGAAUGAAAAUUUGGAUUUGUACCAAAUUUUAUUAGCUAAAGAAUUGCAUAUUUUGCAGAUCAUUGUCUGAGGCAUCAACAAGAACUAGAAAAUCUGACGAUGACAACGCAACCUUUCAAAACAUUGAAGUUUUUCACUCUGGCUAUGAUAGAGUAUUUUAAGAAAUCAGUAAUUUAUCUACUGGCAAAAGGUGGUUGGCUGAUGCUUUUAAGCACACUGGUGGCUCUGCUUGGAAUUCUGCUUGUGACCAUUGAUGGCUCUCAUGAAAAGCACAUUGAGGAACUUGCUCAUUAUUUGCGGUUUGGAUUGUGGUGGAUUGCCCUUGGUGUUGCAUCUUCAAUUGGUCUUGGGUCUGGUUUGCACACUUUUGUCCUUUAUCUGGGUCCUCAUAUUGCCCUGUUCACAAUAAAAGCAAUGCAGUGUGGCCGAGUUGAUCUAAAAAGUGCUAUGUAUGACACAAUACAGCUCAAAAGAGGUCCUUCAUGGCUUGACAAAGAUUGCCAUGAAUUUGGAGAUGCAGUGUUUCCAACAUCUCAUGGAUUGCGGGUUCCACUUAGUAGCAUAUUGCCACAGGUCCAGAUAGAAGCUGUUUUAUGGGGAUUGGGGACAGCGCUUGGAGAGCUUCCUCCUUAUUUUAUCUCAAGAGCAGCGCGUUUAUCAGGUAGUAAAUUUGAUGCCAUGGAAGAAUUGAAUGCUUCCUCAUCAGAAGAUAAUGGAAUCAUAGCUACUCACCUCCAUACAAUCAAAUGCUGGCUUCUGUCACAUUCUCAACAUUUGAACUUCUUCACAAUUUUAGUACUCGCUUCGGUGCCAAAUCCCCUAUUUGACCUUGCUGGCAUUAUGUGUGGACAAUUUGGGAUUUCAUUUUGGAAGUUUUUUCUUGCAACUUUGAUUGGGAAGGCACUUGUGAAAACUCAUAUACAGACAGUUUUUAUCAUCUCUGUCUGUAAUAAUCAACUACUUGACUGGAUAGAGAAUGAGUUGAUCUGGGUGCUCAGCUUUGUACCUGGCUUGGAUUCUGUCCUGCCCAAACUUAUAGGCAAACUGCAUGCAAUUAAAGAAAAAUAUAUGUCACCUGUGCCACCUCUGCCUUCAAAUAACAAGGUGAAAAAAUGGGAUUUCUCAUUUGCUGCAUUGUGGAAUACCAUUGUUUGGCUCAUGCUUUUGAACUUCUUUUGCAAGAUUGUGACUUCAACUGCACAGAGGUAUUUGAAAAAACAGCAGGAGACUCAGCUAGCUGAAAAGGAAGAUAAUUUGUCAUCUUCAACACAUUCAGAUUAGAAUCUGAGCAGAAGGACUUUGAUAAACAGGCAACAUUCAAAGUUGCUUUUUAUUUCCUUGUCUUUUUUUUUUCUCCUCUUAUUAGUAUUAGAGUAAGAAGUGACAAGCUCUUUUCCCCAAAAAUCUCUUUGCAUCAGGGCAAUCCCUGUUAGUAGCUUGUAUAGUAGCAAUAGGAACCCUUGUCAAAACAUUGGGGUAAAAGCAUUGUUUUGGGUAAUAUUUGUUACCCAUUGUUAAGAAACUACUGAAAUUGGGAAUGGAAGUAUAAUUUAGAAUUCUUUGGAAAA